AUGAGUAGAAUCAGUGCUAUGGUAGUCAAGGUUUGCGAGGACGAUCCUCAUAAAGGAAUAUUCACUGAGGAGAAGCGCGCGCAGGAGCGCAAGAAAAACCUGCUGUACCUCAUCGCCGAGUUUCUCUAUGAGAAUUGCUACGUGGACUCGUGCGAGGUUUUUCUCAGAGAGGCGCGGCUCGCGCUCGACGUCGAGGUCUGCGACAACGUCGACCUCGACACGAUCCUGCUCGAGUACUUUGAGUACUACUUCACCAAGUACAGCAAGUACCCGAAGAUUUGCAAAAAAGGAGAGCCGAGUUUCGCCAGCGUAGCGUCCAAGAAGGACAGGAGCAGGACUGCCAGGAAAAGCCCCCAGAAAUUAGAUGAAGUCGCGGAAGUGGUCGAUCCGACGAGCGCCUCAAAGAAGAGCAGCAACGAGAAGUUCGAUCCGACCUUCAACAUCACGGUGACCCAGCUGUUCCCACCGGAGUACUCGGCGAUCGAGGGCACGCAGGACAAGAGAGGGGGCCCGAAAUCCUUGAAGCCCCUAGGCAAUCUCUACCCGCCGGGGUCCGAGUGGCGCGAGAUCGCCGACGUGAUCGUUAAGGAAAUCGUUUUGGACAAUCUGAACGUCCACUGGAACGACGUCAAGGGCCUCGACAGCUGCAAAAACCUGCUGAAAGAGGCCGCCGUUUACCCCAUAAAGUACCCGUGCAUGUUCAACGAGAGGUUGACUCCUUGGAAGGGAGUACUGCUCUACGGGCCCCCGGGAACCGGAAAAACAAUGCUGGCCAAAGCCGUGGCGACGGAGUGCAACGCUACGUUCUUCAACAUAACGUCGAGCUCGUUGAUCAGCAAGUGGCGUGGCGAGAGCGAAAAAUACGUUCGAGUACUGUCGGAUUUGGCAAAGUAUUACGCGCCGUCGAUCAUAUUUAUCGAUGAAGUCGAUUGGACAGUGAGCGGAGGAGACUCCUCGAGCAAGUCCGAGCCGAGCCGGAGAUUCAGAGCUGAGCUGUUGGCGCGCCUCGAUGGUCUGUUGUCGAUGGAGACCGUGAACGUGUUACUUCUCGCAGCCACGAAUAUUCCAUGGGAACUGGACAAGGCACUGUUGCGACGUUUGGAAAAACACAUCUACGUCGGUUUACCCGAUGAACAAGCGAGAGAUGAUAUCUUAAAGACUUAUCUGAAGCCAAAGCUACUCAAGUCUGUCGAGUACAAGGACAUAUUGGUGAAUACAAAGGGAUAUUCGUGCGCUGAUCUUAGAUUAUUGUGCAGAGAGGCCUGGAUGAUCCAGCUUCGUCCUGUAUGGGAUUACUUGGAAAACGAAAACUUAUCCCUUAAUGAAUACAAAAACGAAGGAGUGAACGAUAUAGAGCAUGUAAAACAAGCAAUGAAAUAUGUUAAGCCUACUGUAAAAAAAAUGCUUUUGAAGUAUCAAGAGUGGAACGACUAUUUUUCUGAUGCAGAAAAUAAUGAUGAAUACGAUGAUGAUGGUAAUGCAAUUACCAAAACAGCUGGGGAGGUACAUCAUUACAUGCUCUCGAGAUGUUGA